UCAGGGAGAGGAGCAAACAUGGCAGCGCGUCCGUGGGUUUGGUGUGUCUCUGCAACCAUUGCAGUGGCCCUGCUGCUCCUAUAUGGGGUUCCCUCAGCCUCUGCCCAAAGAAAGAAGGAGUCUGAACCCCUUUUGAAAGAUGAGGAAACUGAUGCUAAGCAAAAGGAAGGUUUGGGGCUUGUUCAAAGAAGCACAACUCUAGAGAAUGAGCUGGGAUUCCACCCCUGGUCUGCUUCCAAAGCCUAUGCUCUCUGCUAGGCAUGAAGAUGGUGUUAUCUGAAAAGGUUAGUCAACUGAUGGAAUGGACCAAUAAAAGACCUGUAAUAAGAAUGAAUGGAGACAAGUUCCGUCGCCUUGUUAAAGCCCCACCAAGAAACUACUCCGUUAUUGUCAUGUUCACUGCUCUCCAACUUCAUAGACAGUGUGUCGUGUGCAAGCAAGCGGAUGAAGAAUUCCAGAUCCUGGCAAACUCCUGGCGAUACUCCAGUGCAUUUACAAACAGGAUAUUUUUUGCUAUGGUGGAUUUUGAUGAAGGCUCUGAUGUAUUUCAGAUGCUAAACAUGAAUUCAGCUCCAACUUUUAUCAACUUUCCUGCAAAAGGGAAACCCAAAAGAGGUGAUACAUAUGAGUUGCAGGUGCGUGGUUUUUCAGCUGAGCAGAUUGCCCGGUGGAUUGCUGACAGAACUGAUGUCACUAUUAGAGUAAUAAGACCUCCAAAUUAUGCUGGUCCCCUUAUGUUGGGAUUGCUUUUAGCUGUUAUUGGUGGACUUGUGUAUCUCCGAAGAAGCAAUAUGGAAUUUCUCUUUAAUAAAACUGGAUGGGCUUUUGCAGCUUUGUGUUUUGUGCUUGCUAUGACAUCUGGUCAAAUGUGGAAUCAUAUAAGAGGACCACCAUAUGCUCAUAAGAAUCCCCACACAGGACAUGUGAAUUAUAUCCAUGGAAGCAGUCAAGCCCAGUUUGUAGCUGAAACACAUAUUGUUCUUCUAUUCAAUGGUGGGGUUACCUUAGGGAUGGUACUUCUAUGUGAAGCUGCUACAUCUGACAUGGAUAUUGGAAAGCGAAAGAUAAUGUGUGUGGCUGGUAUUGGACUCGUUGUAUUAUUCUUCAGUUGGUUGCUCUCUAUUUUCAGAUCUAAAUAUCAUGGAUAUCCAUAUAGCUUUCUGAUGAGCUAAAAAGGAUCCCAGAGAUAUGUAGACACUGGAGUAAUGGAAAUUGAAAAAUGAAAAAGUGUAUGAAAAGAAGAAUGCAAUUUGUGUAUUUUGUAUUACCUCUUUUUUUUUCAAGUGAUUUAGUUAAUCAUUUAACCAAAGAAGAUGUGUAGUGCCUUAACAGCAAUUUCCUAUCAUAAUCAUGAAGUAUUUGGAUACAAUUUUCCUCUUUACCUUCCCUUCCCAGUGAACUUGAUGGAAUCUUUAAUUUAGUAGUAUUAAGAAUUUUAUGAAAAGUUCAAAAUUAUGACUUCAUCUUAAUUAGAACAAGGUUCAAAACUACUAUAGUUAACUUUUGCCAUAUGAUUUUAUCUUAUCCAAAGGUGGUAGUGGGGGGUUGGUUCUGACCAGGUGUUCCUGCAUAUGCCUGUUACAGAUAACUACAUCAGGAAUCCAAUAUUAGCUUUUCCAUUUUUGCAUGGAUGUGUAUACUUUUGCACAUCUUUCCUUUCCGGCAGAGAAGUCAUAUGUGCUAUGUGGUCUUCGGAAAACAGAAUACUAUUCUUCAGAGUACAUGUCUAGCUUUUAGAAAAAGACUAGCCAGUCCUCCUCCUCCAUCUUUCCUAUUGAAAUACAGUGCUGACUGUCAAUGCUUCCUGGUGGCUGUAGAUGUUAAAAAAAAGUAUCUCUAAGUAUAGGAUUAUGAUUUCUGCAUAAGUAUGGAAGUAACUACCUUGUAUUUGGAAAGAUUUCAGGUUCAUUCUGUCUUCCUAGUUUUAUUUAAGGUGGCUCACUCUAUAAUAAAAAUGUAGCUCAGUGUAACUUAAAAAUGGUCUAAAAUGUUUCUGCAAAUUAGAGAUUGUCACUUAUUUCAUUUGUACCUAAGAGAAAAAAAUAGAUUUAUCUGGUUAACUUGAUUACUGUAUUACAGUUACAACAUAUUUUAAUAAUCCUUGUGUUUAGGAAAAGAACUCCCCUAGGUUAGGAAAAGAAGGUUACAAAAUAAUUGUUAUUGCCUAUGAAUAGAAACUAAAUGUUUCUUGAAAGCUAUUCUGUUUGUGCUAUUAUUUUAGCCUUUAUUCUCCACUUUAAGUGGAGAAACAAAGUAAACAUUUAAAAGGAUUUUGUUUCAAUUUUGUCUUUUUUGUCAGUGGAAAUAACCAUAUGUGCUAAAGAAAUUUCUGUGAAGAAUGAAAGUUGAUUGUUAUCAUUAGAUCUAGUUAUAAUCUUCCCAUAGUUAUGAAGAGUAUACUGAAAUGACACUAUUAUGGAAAUACGAGAAUUAUGAUUGAGAAAAAAUUUUAAAGAAACUUGAGAAGUAUUGAAUCAAAAUAAUACUGUGACUGCCUUCUACUAUUUACUAUCUAAUAAGCCUUUCAGGUGAUCUAGAAGUCUUAUAUAAUAGAGGUUUGCAGAAAGAGAUGGAUAUAAUUGUCUAAGAAGAAAUGUUUCAUGUAGGGUCUUUUUUUUUUUUUUAUUAUUAGAAUUGGUGGGUGGAGGGUUAUAGUCAACCUUUUACUCUUUAAUGGAGCCACUUUUUGUUAUUACUCCCCUAUAAAUUUUGUGAUUCUGGAUACCUUAUCUGCUGUUCUUUUACUUGUCUCAGGCCAAAUAAAUUCAUGCUGUGAUUUCUAUGAGACUUGUAUUAAGAUGCCCUGAUUUGUAUAGACUGACCAGGAGAAUACUACUGCCAUGUAAUCUAUAUAGCUCCAGAUACUUUGCCAUGAGCAUUGAAAUAAUGACAGUUUUGUUGCAUUUGUUUUAUCUCCCUUAAGAACACAUUCUUUUGCUGUAAGGAGAAAAGUUGCAUUCUGGCUAAAAUCUGUAGAAAGCAGGUUUACUACACUUAGAAUAGUGUUAACUUUGUGAAAAUUUUGAAAUUAGCUUUCAUCUGAAGUGCCUUAGGCUAUUUACUUUUCUAGUAAUGGUUUAAAUAUUAUUUGUUAUACAUUUUAAAAAUACUAUUCAAAAUGACACAUUGUAGUGGCAAAGAUAACCAAAUGUCUGGCUGUUUGCUUUUUGACCAUAUCAAUAAACUUUUACAAUCUAAA